UCUAGAGUAGGCAAGUGUUGUCUCUCCGAGCCUCUCUUCAUUCGCACCGCCAGGAGAAGAACAGACACACGAAAAGAGAGACGGAAUAUAUGCACGUCGUGAAAAUAAAGAAGAUGCGAUCAAUUAUUUCCGAACAACAUCUGAGGUCCUCGUCAAAUUGGACAUUUUUUAACUAAAGAGGAUUCAAAAGAACGCCUCCUCACCUACUUCAAAGCUGGCGACACCUUUAUAGGUAGCCUACACCUAUGAUGGUUGUUGCGCUUAUCCACGAAACGCUUCUGUUACAUCUCGACAUGCAUUGAACGCUUAAAAUGUGACGACAAGAUUCUUCUAUUGCCACAUUGUCAGAUUCGAGGAGGCGUCUAAUGGGAAUUUGGAGACGAGGCGAGUGAGAGGAAAGCAGGGAAAGUGCGCUCCGGAGCUGUCCUUUCAGAACCACACACGCGCAGCGAUACACCACAACUCAUCAGACUUUCACCUCUGCUGGAUCUCAUGGUGUGCAUCACAAUUUUUACCUACAACUCGGAGUAACGUCUGAUAGUCUUUGUUAUCUCAUCUUUUGGCAUCUGAAGGCAAUCCCUGACAAGACCAUCACACGCCCAUGCACACAUAUGUUGGAUUGUUCAAGCCAUUAAAACCUCUUCGCACUUCUUUUUAUGCGUUACUUCAUUUUCCGUUAUCUGACCACUGCGCACAUGAAUUUUCAGGCUGUUUUAGCGUCGUGAUGCCUGGCCCAUGCUCAAGACAUGCCUAAGCGACGAGAUGGGCCAGGGUGACGAGAAAGACCGUGUUGUGAUUAACGUGGGAGGGAUUCGACACCAGACCUACCGCAGCACCCUGCGAACUCUCCCCGGCACUCGUUUAGCCUGGCUCGCCGAGCCCGAUGCCCACAGUCACUUUGAUUAUGACGCACAGAUUGACGAAUUUUUCUUUGACCGUCACCCAGGAGUUUUUGCACACAUCCUCAAUUAUUACAGGACUGGCAAGUUACACUGUCCUGCUGAUGUUUGUGGUCCUCUUUAUGAGGAAGAGUUGGCCUUCUGGGGAAUUGAUGAGACAGAUGUGGAGCCGUGUUGCUGGAUGACGUACCGGCAGCACCGGGAGGCCGAAGAGGCGCUGGACAGUUUCGGUGGAGGACCGGCUGAAUUGGGCAACGACGAUACGGAGGUAGAUGGUUUGGGUGAUUCGGCAGAUGGAGACGAUGAACUUGAGAUGACUAAACGUCUUGCAUUGGGGGACUCGCCUGACACCAAAGCUGGCGGGUUGUGUCAACGUUGGCAACGCCGAGUUUGGGCACUUUUUGAAGACCCCUAUUCGUCUAAAUAUGCAAGGUGGGUGGCAUUUGCUUCGCUUUUCUUCAUUCUGGUUUCCAUAACCACGUUCUGCCUGGAGACGCACGAGGCCUUCAACCCCAUCAUUAACCGGACAUAUUUUAACCCGCAUGACAACAGCUCCAGGAUUAACCAGGAGACAGAGACAGUAGUCUACCUAACCUACAUAGAGGGUGUGUGUGUGGUAUGGUUCACCUUUGAGUUCCUCAUGCGUAUCACCUUCUGUCCAGACAAAAAGAAGUUCAUCAGAAAUGCCCUCAACAUCAUAGAUUUUGUGGCCAUCUUGCCCUUUUACCUGGAGGUGGGUCUGAGCGGGUUGUCCUCUUCUGAAGCAAAGGACGUCCUUGGGUUCCUCCGAGUGGUGCGUUUCGUCCGGAUCCUCCGGAUCUUCAAGCUGACCCGACACUUUGUGGGGCUGCGCGUACUGGGGCACACCCUCCGUGCCAGCACCAACGAGUUUCUCCUGCUCAUCAUCUUUCUCGCUCUUGGAGUGCUCAUCUUUGCCACCAUGAUCUACUACGCGGAACGAAUCGGUGCCAACCCCAACGACCCACGCGCCAGCGAGCACACACAUUUCAAAAACAUCCCCAUCGGCUUCUGGUGGGCCGUUGUGACUAUGACCACGCUGGGCUAAGGAGACAUGUACCCUCAGACAUGGUCGGGCAUGUUGGUGGGAGCAUUGUGCGCCCUGGCGGGUGUAUUAACCAUCGCUAUGCCCGUGCCCGUCAUUGUCAAUAACUUUGGGAUGUAUUACUCUCUAGCCAUGGCUAAGCAGAAACUACCAAAGAAAAAGAACAAGCAUAUUCCCCGUGCCCCACAACUGGGUUCACCCAAUUACUGUAAGUCAGCCAUGAACUCGCCCCACCUCAGCCCGCGAAGUGAUCAUUGCUCUCUGGUUGCCCAGGAGGAGGUUUUAGAAAUGAACAGAGCAGAUCCCAAAGUGAACGGCGAGGCAGCUAAAGCAGCACUGGCCAAUGAAGAUUGUCCCCACAUAGAUCAAGCCAUUUCCCCCGAGGACGGGCAGAUCUUCAACCCCAACGAGCCGCGGGGAGACACUCCGUGUUUUCUGCUGAACGUCAGCAGGCGAUCUACAAACACGGGCACCAGAGUGCGGAAGGAGGCUUCUCAGCAGGUCCAGCACAAGCAGCCUGCAGACUCAGUGUGUGUCAUGAAUCGUGGCGUUCCGACCACUGUGUGCAUGGCCCAGAACACCCCUCCUCCCUCCUCGUGAUUCUGAUCUAUAAGUGUGUUUCAUGUACAUAAAUGAGUGGAAUGCACAGUGCGGAAUGGCCUAACACAGACCUGUUUCUACAAAUUUUUAAUGUAUUUCAGGGGGUCAUUUCCCAACCAUCCACCCCCUUUUUGUUGGUGGCUGAUACUACUGUCAAGUUUUUAACCUGGUCUAGUGGUGUGUAAACUGUGUAUCUGAGUGCAUGCGUGUUUAAUAUGUGUGGUUUUGUAUGCGUGCCUGUAUGCUUUUUGUGUUGCACAUGCUUGCUAUUGAAUAUUUAGAGCAAUUUUUAGAGGGGUUUAAAUCAAAUGUAUCCACUAAAUUUUGUGAUUCAUAGCAAAUAUUCACAAAGCUGCCUUUAUAUUAAUAGGGUCAAACUGUUGUUGCUCUCUGUUGUGCUGCUGCUGCUGCUGCUGCUGUCAGUCCUCAGUUGCCUUUGUUUGCUGUCGCACUCUUAAACUUUAACAUUCCAUUGAGUUGUUAACGUUAGUGGACGAAUUGUAUCUUGAGCUGUUAAAGUGUAUUUAUGAGUGUAAAGUGUAUUUAUUAUGUUGAUUACAAUCUAACUCUUUCUUUUUCUGAAGCCAGCAAGGACAUCAAUACACUAUGGUUAAACCGAGACGUUAUUAAAAUGCAGUGAAACUUGUCAAACAGAAAGUUGCUUGUAUUCUUGUGUACUUUCACAAUCAAGCAGCAGAAGCAACUGUAUCAAAGUGACGUUACAAAAAGGGGCAAAACAAGGCUACAAAUAAUCUACAGUAUAGGUCAACAUUACAAAUAAACGUUUAUUCAAUGUUCAGUUGAAUAAGGAUUCUUUCACAUAGAUACACUUAAAAAAAGGUGCUUUAAAAGGUUCUUUGAUGCCAUAGCCUUUUGGGUCCAUAAAGAACUUUGACUUCUUUACAAUGUUAAACGCGCUGGCUUCUCAUGCUUAACAUGGUUUGAAAAAAUGAGUUGGACGUAUGACGUAGUAUUUCUGUGCUCGAUGCACUCCCCCAGCAUUCGUAUAGGAUUUUGAAAGUUGUUUUCAAACAUGAAAUUCCCUUACGUAACAACUUUUCUUAGUCGCUUAUUGGACAAUUCUCCUGGAAAAGCACCCCCAUGCAUCAACCCGCCGCUAGAGCCAGAUGAAAGAACAAGCACCGCGAAAGAGUAUAGAUACCAAGAGCCGAAUCUCUGGUGGUUUUUGGGAAACAGUGACAUGGUUUCUAGCGAGCCAAAGCUUUUGUCAUCAUGUAUUAUCAUCAUUCAAGUUGAAUUUCGGAUUUCACCACAAAAUAGCAGAAACGCAAGGCACUGGUGUUGCUGUGGAACGUUCUAAUGAGUUUCACCUCUUGGUAUCUAUACUCUUUGCCCAAACGUCAACCAGGGAGAGCGGGAGAAGGAGCAUGCGCACACGUCAACCAGCUGGAACAAGAGAAAGAGCACUGCGUUCACGAAGUUCAGCUGUGUUUGUUUGUUCACUGCAUUUCGGUGAGGAAUGUUAUAGAAUCGGUGGAUAUAAUGCUGGAUUUGCAGAUCGUUUGAAACUGAUAGAUGGAGCAGUCCCAACGUUAAAAGAUGACGGUCAUGAAACACACGCGGUAUGUGAAACUGAGUCAUAUGUCUGUGUUUUGUAUGCAAUCGGCGUGUACGUGCAUGAGGUAAGCAACACAAACUUAUAGUGAAUCAAAAGUUAAUCAGGGCUCAUGCGAUGAUGUAUUGUGUGAUCGUUCUGAAGUCCCACGCGUUCAGUUCUCGCCUGUGUUCGGAAAUAAUCAUACAGCUGUAUCUGUCUUUUAUACAUGUGAUCAAACUAAAGAUUCUUUGAAGAUACGAAGUAUGCAAUACUACUCUAUAGGUACUCAAGAUUAAUAUGAGAUUGGCAGAAACUGCGUGUUACAUCCGCUUUAAAGAACCUUUGACUGAAUGGUUCUUUGUGGAACCUAGAAUGGUUCUUCUAUGGCUUCGCUGUGAAAAACCUUUUAAGCACCUUUAUUUUUAAGAGUGUAUACGUCUUUUUAUUUUUGUGUUUUUACGAUAUUUGGCAUCCUUUAACAAUCAAAAUUUACGUAAAUAGCA